AUGAAGUUCACCACCAUCUUGGCUGCAGUCGCCGGCCUCUUCGCCGCUUCCGCUGCCGCACACGAGCAAUGGGUCUACAAUGACCACCGCAGGCCGCGCGCAGUCGCCAAGACAAAUGACUACGUCCCCACAGAAGACAAGUCUCUCUGCGCCCGCUGGGACGGACCCCGCUGCCUCGACGACGAAGAAGGCCCCAACAUCUUCGACGAGGAAGAGCGUAAACGCCAGGAACUUCAAAGUCCCAAGGAGAAGCAAGAGGAGGCCCUCGCGGAGUUGAAGAAGAUUCAGAAGAUCUGGGAGGGACAUCACGCCGAGAUGCGAAAUCUUAAGAUGAUGGAGAAGAUCUAUCAGGGAUUCAAUGAACAGUUGGAUAGGCUUGAGAAGAUGGCGAAGCUAAAGAUUGGCAAGAAUCGGGAGGCGGAUGGGGUUUAG